AUGGCACCGAUGGCCAAUAUACAGAAAGUUUGUGUGAUUGGUGCUGGUCCUGGAGGUUUGGCUGCAGCAAAGCAAGUCCUUCCAUAUAUCUAACAAACCCUUGUCGUCACUAACUUGAAAUUGUCGUCACUAACUUGAAAAUUUGAAAGAUAUCUUGCUGCCGAGAAAACAUUUCAUAUUGGAAUAUUCGAACAACAAGAAACCGUUGGCGGAGUAUGGUGUGCUACGCCUGAACUCACCGUCAAUGAGAAUUUCUCUCUUCCUCGCACGGAACCCAGUCUUGUACCAAACAAACCGGUAUGGGAAGGGGAUCAUUUUAAAUUCAUUUCGCCAGUUUAUGAUAUUCUGGAUACGAAUAUUCCUCAUACUUUGAUGAACUACUCGGACCAGGAAUUUCCCAAAGGAUCUUCGUUGUUUCCUCAACAUCCUGUGGUUCGGGAAUAUCUUGAGCGUUAUGCUGACGAUGUUCGUCAUCUUAUCCGAUUCGGAACCCAAGUGCUUGAUGUCAAGGCUGAGGGAGAGACUGGGAAAUGAUCAGUCAUUUCUCGGGAUAUUGCAUCAAAAAAAGAGACUACCUCGUUGUUUGAUGCUGUGGUUGUUGCAAAUGGUCAUUAUGAUGACCCUUUUAUUCCUGAUAUUCCAGGACUCGAAACAUUCAAUAAGGCGCAUAGCAACGUUAUUUCACAUUCCAAACUUCACAGGAGGUCGAAUGACUAUAAUAAUAAGAAAGUCAUCGUGGUGGGAAACUCUGCAUCUGGCAUCGAUCUUUCUGCUCAAAUAUCUACCGUCUCUCAGCACCCGCUCUUGAUUUCAGAAAAAAAUGGUAAAUCAACAUCAUUCAUUCCGCCAGUAGAUGAUAGUGCUGCUACGGAGCUUGUUCCUGAAAUCGAGGAAUUAAUCGUUGAAGACAGGUCUGCCAGAUUCAAGAACGGACGUGUCGAAAAAGAUAUCGAUAGCAUCGUCUUCUGUACUGGAUACAUGUACUCAUUCCCAUUUCUUACCUCGCUAGAACCCAAAGUUGUUAGCUCGGGUGAGAGGGCCCAGAACCUCUACCAGCAAAUAUUUUACCACCCAAUGCCAACACUCUCUUUCAUCGGGCUACCACAACGAACCGUGCCUUUCCCGGUUUCAGAAUCUCAGGCCGCUGUCAUCGCUCGUGUACUAUCAGGCCGUCUUACUUUGCCAUCACAAGCAGAUAUGAGGGCGUGGGAGGAUGAGCAACUUGUCCGAAAAGGGGCGGGAAAGGAUUUCAUACGUUGGCUUUUCCACUGGAUGCUAAAUACAUCAAUUACCUGUAUGAAUGGAGUAUGAAAGCAUCGUCGAUUCUCAGCUUGGCUAAUGAUGGAGCUGGGAAGAUCCCUCCUUAUUGGGGAGAGGAAAAACAAUGGAUUCGAGAGAGCUUUCCAUUGAUAAAAGUUGCUUCGAGGAAUCUGGGAUCAGAGAGACACAAGGUUACGUCUUUGGAGGAGCUUGGAUUCGAUUUUGGGAAAUCGAAAGUAGAGAGAGCUUUAGAUGUGGAAAGGCCCGAAGCUAUCUCGAGACUAUAA